AGAGGGAGAAGCGUCAGGUUGCAGCUCCAAUAAAAGACUGGAAAAGACAAUUUGCUGAAAGACAAGCAGAAGGGGAGAGCAAGAGAGUGGGUGUGGGGUAGGUAUAAAAAGAGAGCAAGGGAAAGGGAAAGGGAGACUGAACAAUGUACUGUACUGAAGAGAGAGCGAGACUUGGAGCGACAUCACAGAUGUAGGCGGGAGAAACAGAAGAGUUGCAGUGCGAUUCCUCCAACCAUCCUCCUACUUCAGAUGCUCUCCUCCUCGCCUGCAUCCGUCCACAUCCCUCCUAUCGUCCAUCCAUCCAGCCACCCAACCCUCCCUCCCGUCUUCCCUCCAUAUUUAAUGGGAGCACAGUCAGUGACAGGGGGGAGAUUGACUGGUCAUCUCCUAGGGCAAGAGCGGAGGAGGCAGGGAGGGAGGAAGAGGUGGGGUGGAGAAAGACAGAGAGAAAGAGUGAACCCCCUUCAAUAAUCAAUCCUCAUAUCCUGUCGUGGCCUGGCUCCCCCUCUAUCGGUCUACACUCCAGAAGAGAGGAAAGGAAGGAGGAGAGGAGAUUUUGGACUACCAGAGAUGUGGAUGUUGGACAUUUGCCCUGGCUAUGAGAACGCAGGAGGAUGGAAAAACGGACGCACAACAAACAAAGUGCUGCAGAUGGAUUGACGAUGUACAAAGACCUUGACCAAAGAGGACUCUGUCUACCUGCCCUGCACUUUCUACCUCCUCCUCCAUCCCCCCCUAAUCUCUUCAUCUGCCAGCUGCUCACUCAUUCCCGGGGGAGCCAAAGAAGAGGAAAGGGAAGAUAAAGAGAAGUGAAAAUGGAGAUGAGGAUGAAUAUAGCAACUUAUUCUUCAGCACAAACUGGUGACAGAAAAUAACGUGUGGAGUGCUGGACUUCAUUUUAACAGCAGACCUUAAGAGUUUCAGAGGCAGAAGAAGCCAGCCAAGCGACAGGGGUGAAUGAAAUGAAGCGCGACAUCAGGACGUAUUUCUUGUGGGUCUAAGGGAACCGCAGACAGCAGACACCAUGAACUAUAUUUUCGGCAACAACACCUUGUAUCCCCGCAGCGCCAGGGUGGGCGGGGGUCAAGGGGCUGGUCACGGAGUCAAACAUAAGCUGGGGGCCAAGCGGGGCUCCUCGGAGGAGAUCCCACACCCCCACACCUCCUCCCCGUCCACCUCCUCUCCCGCCUCCUCCUCCCCCUCCACCUCCUCCUCCCGUUGGCAGCAGCUCCUCACGUUCUUCUCCAAGAGGAGCGCCUUCACCGACUGUAUUGCUGCUGGCCAGGCCAACCCCCCUCCAGUGGUGGUCAACACCGACAGUGUCGACACCCCCCCAUACGUCAAUGGAACAGAAGCAGACUAUGAAUAUGAAGAAAUCACGCUGGAACGGGGCAACUCGGGUCUGGGGUUCAGUAUUGCGGGAGGGACUGAUAACCCUCACAUUGGAGAAGAUCCCUCUAUCUUCAUCACCAAGAUAAUACCUGGGGGGGCCGCUGCCCAGAACGGACGACUCAGGGUGAAUGACUGCAUAGUGCGGGUGAAUGAGACGGACGUCAGGGACGUGACCCACAGCGGAGCGGUGGAGGCGCUGAAGGACGCCGGAGGUCUGGUACGACUAUGCAUAAGACGCAGAAAGAGCCUAACAGAGAGGAUCUUGGAUAUCAAACUAGUCAAAGGACCCAAAGGUUUAGGAUUCAGUAUCGCAGGUGGACUUGGAAACCAACAUGUCCCGGGCGACAAUGGUAUAUAUGUGACUAAGAUCAUCGAGGGAGGGGCUGCACACAAAGAUGGACGGCUACAGAUAGGGGACAAACUUAUGGCUGUAAAUGCCUCAUGUUUGGAGGAGGUGACUCAUGAAGAUGCAGUGGCUGCCCUAAAGUCCACUCCUGACGUCGUUUACCUCCGCGUGGCCAAACACACCUCCGUUUUAAUCAAUGACAACUUCCCUCCGCCCGACGUCACUAAUUCUUACUCCCCACAUCAAGACAACCAUAUAAGCCCAUACAUGAGUGGCAGCCAGUCUGUAAGUCCCGCCCCAUUGACCACGCCCAGAUACUCUCCUCUGCCGAGGGCCUUGACCGGAGACGACGAUGUCAACAGGGACCCAAGGCGGGUGGUGCUCCAGCGAGGGUCCACGGGUCUCGGUUUUAACAUUGUUGGAGGCGAAGAUGGAGAAGGAAUCUUCAUCUCCUUCAUCCUCGCCGGAGGUCCAGCGGAUCUCUGUGGGGAGCUACAAAAGGGAGACCGCAUCCUGUCGGUGAAUGGCGUGGACCUGUCCAGUGCGACACAUGAACAGGCAGCUGCAGCUCUGAAGAAUGCAGGACAGACCGUUACCAUUGUAGCGCAGUACAGACCAGAGGAGUACAGUCGUUUCGAGGCAAAGAUCCAUGACUUGAGGGAACAGAUGAUGACCAGCAGUGUCAGCUCCAGCUCGACGUCACUCCGCUCCACACAGAAACGCACACUAUACGUCAGAGCAUUGUUUGACUACGACGGAAGUGCGUCAGAUCUGAGCACGCCCAAUCAGGUCCUGCCAUUCCAUUUCGGGGAUGUCCUCCACGUGAGCAGCGCUGGCGAAGAGGAGUGGUGGCCCGCCCGUCACCUCAGCCCGCCGCCUCCCAACUGUCCCGAAGUCGGAGUCAUUCCCAGUCGCAGGAGGGCAGAGAAAAAGGAGAGGUCAAGGUUAAAGACGGUCAGAGUGACAAGGUCUCAAGACAAAUCGGAUCAGGAUGAUAAAGAGCUGGUAACCUCUGGCACCAGCGAUAGUGAGAGUAGUUGCUCUGGGCAGGAGGAGAUCUUUCUCACCUACCAACCUGUGAUGCAGCAAGAGGUUAAUUACACGCGGCCAGUCAUCAUUCUUGGACCAAUGAAAGAUCGGAUCAACGAUGACCUCAUUUCUGAGUUUCCGGACAAGUUUGGCUCCUGCGUCCCACACACAACACGGCCGCGGCGAGAUUACGAAGUGGACGGCAGGGAUUACCACUUCAUGUCCUCCAGGGAGCUCAUGGAGCAGGAGAUCCAGGAACACAAGUUCAUAGAGGCCGGACAGUACAACAACCACCUGUAUGGAACCAGCAUACAGUCAGUGAAGGAAGUUGCUGACAAGGGUAAGCACUGUAUACUGGAUGUAUCAGGGAAUGCAAUCAAGCGUCUCCAGUUGGCAGGCCUCCAUCCCAUCGCUGUCUUCAUUAGACCGCGCAAUGUCGACAACAUACUAGAGAUGAACAAGCGUCUCACUGAGGAGCAGGCGAGGAAGACCUUCGACAGAGCCGUCAAACUGGAGCAGGAGUUCACAGAGUUCUUCAGCGCUAUUGUCCAUGGCUCGACUCUAGAGGAAGUGUAUUCGCAGGUGAAGCAGAUUAUUGAGGAGCAGUCUGGUCCUUACAUCUGGGUGCCCACCAAGGAGCGACUUUAAAGAAACACAAACAUACCACACAAUCACAUUCACCACUCCUCUACUUUUCUUAUGUUGUCUUUCUCAAUCUCUCUCUCUCUCUCUCUUGCCCUCUCUCUCUUUCUCUCUCUCUCUCGCCCUCUCUCUUCCUAUCCCUCUUUCUUGUGAACACACAUUACUGCAAACACACACACACACACAAAGACACACAAAAAUGAUUAACACAAGCACAUGAAGUCGGAUGAGGCUGGGACUAUCUGGGACUGCUACUUCCUGAAAGUGGGCGGGGCAAGUGUCUGUCCAGCAGCCUAUUGGUGGAUCUUCCUACUGCUCAGUUCCUUAAUGUUUAAGGAGGAGGUUCAAAUCAAGGCGACGUGUACCAUUAUCGGAUUUGAUUUAAUUAUUGUUCUUCUUAUUGUUGUUGUCGUUGUUGUUUUCAUAUUAACAAAGGGUAAUGCAUUCAUGUAUGGGUUUGUAAUGAUAAUAUUGUCACCAAGAGGCAGACUUUUGCACGCUGUAGCUUUAAGAGCAUGUUUUUGGGACAAAAUGUUGAUCUUCUUCCCGGUCUGUCUGUCUUUCCUCAUGGCAUUGCUCUUGUUUAGUCUUUUUCUAUCUCUUUCACGUCCCACCCUUCAGACUAAAUACUUGAGGAAUUACUUGAAACCUAAAUAACGUGCCCAAUCAUUUGGGUAUCAACAGACAAAAUGACAUUAUAGUACAAUAGAACUGUUUAGGGACGUAGCAAGAAAAUAACUAUAAUAACACAUUUUAUAAAAAUGUUAGAUUUCUACCAUCGAGAUCCAUGUUGAUAUUUCCAGUGACAAGCAGGAAUUCUCAAUCAAAAGUAGAAAAGUAAAUUAAACAGCUGUAAAAUAGACAGUGAAUCGACCCUCCUAAUGUUUUCAGAGUCCAUUCAGAGCCCUGAGCCCUUAUUUUUCAAAAAUGAUAGCUAAAAGGAUAUCCUAGGACACAUUUAUCAAUGUGUUAUUUACAGCAAAGGGGAGGAGUAAUGUUUUAGAGUCGCUUUCAUGUAAUCAGAUGAUUAAUUAGAAGAAUUUACCAAACAUCUACCAUGUUCAGUUUUACUCAGUUAUGUGAUUCUACUGUUUAAAGUACAUCUUGUUUGUGUAAAAUCCCAUACCUUCUGUACAAACUAAUGUAAAAAGCAAAACAUCUAACAUCUAAUAUAUUUAUAAUACAUUAAUAUGCAAAUAUGGAUGGAUAAAGGGCUGGAAUAGAAACAAAGGGAGGACUGAAGUGGAGCAUAAGUGAAACUAGAGCAGGAAAUACAUUCUGCCUCUGGCAGAAGAGAUACAGCAGAGAAAACAAACAAUGAGAUGUAGAUUAGCGCCACACCGAUAACAAAUAAUGAAGAUGCAUGGAAAGUGAUGCGAACGGAAUAAGUGUUAUGUCCCUGUUUGCACCUUGAUAAAUACAGACGAAUGGAAAAAGGCAAAAAGUACCUUACUCCGAAUGAGACAUAUUGCUUGUCCAACAUUUCAUUUUUAGCAGUUUGAAAAGUAGGGGCCCAGGUCCUCUGUUUACGAAACGUAUAUAUCGACCAUGUCAUCUUCAAACGAGGGCUUCUCUGCCUCCCCUCGUCCUCCCCUCUGUCCAAUGCCUUCAGCCCCCCCCCCCCCCCCCCUCCACCACCACCCUCUACAUUCACGGUGUGACAUUAGUCGAGCACUCCAGCAUCAAACAGUGUAUCAUCUUUUUCAUCACCCGUCAUCACGAUCAUAAUCAUCGGCAUCAUCGUUAUGGCUUUCCUUCAUGCUGCUGUUGCACUAAUGAGGGCUGGUUCUUGAAGCAUCUUGAGAGGGUUGAUCCGAUUCCCGCCUUUCAGGUAUUUGGAUGUGCGAUUCGCUGAAUCUACUUUAGCCAUCAUUAAUUAUUGUGCCGGGUUUGAAAGCGCUAACGAGGUUAAGGAACUCUUAAUGGUCAUUUUUGGGUAGUUAAAGACAUCAGGUGGACUCUACUCUCAUGACCCCACUGAUCAGCUGUUUCUUCAUGCUGGCCUUCUGUUUCCGUGUGCAUGAACAACACCUGAAACCAGCUGCACCGUCGCUCAAUGAUACAGGCACAUCUGUUUUUACAUGCCAUCCAGCGUCGGGUCGUGUCAACAAAGGACUUUUCAUGAUCACAUUUAAUGUCCAGAGUUUGCCCAGAACCGUUAUGAAGCUCGGGUUUCCCGCUUUACAAGGACUGCUGUGACUUUGCUGUCCAUGUCCUUACGUGACCCUCGCUUAGUACACCAGUGGGCAGCAGUUUUCAUAUCUUGUGAUUGGUUUGCAGCAGUAUAUUUGCGGCACACUUGGGCAGGGUCAGGGUUCUGCAAAGACCUUUGUUUACACGGCACCUUUAAUGUGCGCUUGAGUAAUAACAAAAAGUAAGUCGCAGUCUGUGUAAAUAUACUAUUUACAUGCUGGUUUAGUCUGGACUAAACUUUUUCUUUUUCUGGGCUUUUACUGUGUGGUCAUAAAAAUAACUGGACUUUCAACCCUCUGCAACGGGUUGGCUGUCAAUGAUUUGACUUUCCCCUUAAAGUGGCUAUUGAUCAAUAUUUUUACUAAAUACAAUGUAUCAAAAGACAAUGUGAAAACCAAUAGAUAAUUAUCAGCUCAAUGGAACUGCAUCGUGUUCAUUGUUUUGCUCGGCUGUUUUGGCUUUUACUCACUGCUCUCACAGCGUCCCUCUUUGGCAGACAUUUUUAGUGGAAAAGCUUUCAAAAACAGACAAACAUGUUGGAGCAUUUAGCGGCUAAAGACCCAGAUAUUUUCCCUCCUGCAGGUGGGGGAGACCAAAGAGGGCUAAAAGAGAGCGAAGUCACAAAUGGCGUUAACCUGAAACAUGACGAUAACUUUUGUUGUUUGCUCGUAACCUUUGAAAUACCAAGAUGCUUUGAGUGACAAAGCUCCUGCGGACCUUGUCAGCCACCCACUCCCACCACCCCACCCCUCCCACCACCACCACCACACCCCGCUACGGCUUCUCCAAGCUGACUGGAGGCCCGGAGAUGUACAGAAAGACCGUUCUGUCAAUGGAGAAGCUCUGACCCAAAUAAUAAAUGGUUUUGACCACAUGUGUUUCAAAAGCUUUAAUAUUUAAUCACAGAAUGUCAAGCUGAAUCACGUCUUUCCAUCUGUAGUUCUCUGUGAAUCCAGUCCACCAGUGGUGUUGUCAGUUGACAGAAAUGGACUCGCUGUGUGGCUCUGGCUGUGAGUUGUGGUCACGGGACCAUGCCACUGUCUGUUAGAGUAAAGCACUGAUGCAAAUAAACUAUUGAAGAGAUGGAUCUAUAUCUAAUGUUAUAAUUUAUCCCUGCUCUGACUGCCUAUUUUGGUACGAAAAAAUGAAUAAAAGUCUUUCGAGAUUUAUUGAAAGUC